AUGCACCUGCGAGAUUCAGUAGAGAAGCAAAACGAGUACGUUCUGAAUUUUGCUAAGCACGUGAUCGCCACCACCGACGCGAAAACCUCCAACCUCGUGUUUUCGCCGGCGUCAAUCAACGUCGUCCUCAGCUUCCUCGCCGCCAAGUCAGGCGGAUCCACCGCAGAUCAUAUUCUCUCUUUACUACAAGCUUCUUCUACCAGUGAUCUUGAUACAGUCUCCUCCAUGAUAGUAACAGGCAUCCUCGCUGACCGCACCGCAAGUGGCGGUCCAACUAUCUCAGUAGCUAACGGUGCUGAUGAAGUGGUUAAAGAAGUGAAUAAAUGGGUUAAGAAUCAGACAAGAGGACAAAUCACUAAUCUCCUAAGCUCUGUACCUCCAGAGACUGAUCUCAUAUUUGCUAAUGCACUUUUCUUCCAUGGAAAAUGGGAUAAAGAAUUUAAUCCAAAAUUAACUAAAGAUUAA